UGGCCAUCGACAACAUCAUCUGCGCGCGUCUUUAAGAGGACGUUCGUGCCUCGCUACCGCGACAUCAGCUCGGACAUCCGAGUGAUCUGCGUGGCGGAGCUCGGAUGCUGGAUCAAGCUCUACCCGGACCUGUUUCCUGGACAACAACUACUUGAAGUACAUCGGCUGGAUGCUGUAUGACAAGGACGCCAGCGUGCGGAUGAAGUGCAUCCUGGCGCUGAAGGCGCUCUACGAGAAGAGAGAGUCGGCUAUGAAGCUGGGCCUUUUCUUCCACAAGUUCAAGAAACGAAUCCUGUCGAUGACCCAGGACAGGCAGCCGGAGAUCACGUCUGAGUGCAUGCAGCUCCUGCGGCUUAUAUCCGAGCACUACGUGGGCGUGUUCUCAUCCAUGGAGUACGUCUUCCUGUUCCAGUUCGUGUACGCGGCCUACAGGCCCAUGGCGACCGCCGCAGGCGAGCUCAUCUGUAAGAGGCUCCUGGCCCCUCCGCCCCAAGAAGGUUUCUUUGGUCAAAACCCUCCCGACGAGUUUGACAGAAACAUCCAGAACAUGAAGACGCUCAUCGACUUCUACCUGCAGGGCGAGUUCCACAGACACGUCCCAUACCUGGUGGACGGCCUGUGGGACGCGGCGCCCGCCCUGGUCCGGAACUGGGAGUGCAUGACGGCCCUGCUGCUGGAGCCACGUGGCGGGCGCCAAGCGCUGACGAGCCAGCAGGAGAGAGUCCUCAUCGAGAUCCUCGUGGCCGCCGUGCGACAGGCCGCAGAGGGCCACCCCCCUGCUGGCCGCGAACUGGGCAAGAGAGCCGCCAGGGAGGUGGACGGGACCCGCCGCUGGCGUGAGCGGGCCAGCAUGAGCCGACACUUUGUGAAGGUGCUGCCCCAGCUGCUGUCCAAGUUUGCCGCGGACAAGGAGAAGGUGACGCCCCUCCUGCAGAUCCCGCAGUACUGCAACCUGGACGUGUAUGACAAGGACGGCCUGGGCUCGUACCUCGACUCGGCCCUGCUGGAGCUGGACUGCCUCGUGCAGCGGCACUCGGACGUGGCGGUGCUGGAGGCCUGUGCCCGCGCCUACGGCGCCUACUGCUGCGAGGGGGGCUCCGCCCACUGCCAGGCCGCCCCCGCCUGCAGCCGGCUGGUGGACAUGCUGGUGGACGCGCUGACGCCGCUGCUCGACGUGUUCCUCCAACACGAGAAACAAGGCCAGUUCCUGGGACACCACGAGAUGGGUCGCAUCUGCUCGACGCUGCGGAGGCUGGUGGCCUUCUACAGCACGCACGACCUGAGCAGCUGGAACCUGUAUGAGAAGAUGGACAGUCUGCUGACCCUGCGCAGGCACCAGGGCAGCAUGCCCACCGAGGUCAUCCACUGUGCGCUGCAGUGCACCUACUAUGCGCUCCUGUGGCAGAUCGUGGCAGCCACGGACCGGCUGCCGCCUCAGGACGCGCUCCUGGACUUGCGGAGGCGGCUGAUGAAGUUCUGCGUGGCCUGCCGCGUGUACCUGAGCCACCAGAGCAAGGUGCUGAGUGAGAAGGCCUUCAUCCUGCUGUGCGACCUGCUGCUCAUCCUGAGCCACCAGGGGCCCGAGGACACCGGCCUGGGGCUGCUCUUCUUCGUGCCCGACCACAUCCUGCAGGGCAAGCUACUGAGCUUUGUCAGGGAGCACGUGUUUCUGGAGGAGUCGGGGUCUGAAGGCCCCAGCAGGAUUUACAAGGAGGACGACGCGGACGAGCUCCACGAGCUGUUCCACCGGAGGAACAUGCUGGCCGUGUUCUGCAAGCUUGUCGUCUACAACGUGCUGGACUUGAGCGCGGCCGCCGAAAUCUACCAGUUCUACCUGAAGCAUUACCAUCACUUUGGUGACAUCAUCAAGGAGACCAUGACCAGGACGAGACAGAACGACAGGCUUCGCAACGCGCUGUCCCUGCUCCUGUGCCUACAGCAGCUCUUUCAGAAGCACAUGGACACGUACGGUCUUAACUACGACCCCAUCGAGUUAAUCUGCGGCCCCUUCUACUCCAUCCGGCUGCUGGCUCGCCGCUUUGCGCUCACGCUCGGCUUUGACCGCGCCCGGGAAGCCGCCCACCUGAUCCAGAGGCGCGGGCUGGCCUACGCCUUCUCCGAGGCCCCGGUGGCAGAAGCGGAGGGGGGCCGCCAGCGCUACCCAAACCUCUGCUUCCUGCUCCUGCUGGCCGAGUUCUCCUGCAAGAUCCCCCCGGCCGAGCGCGGGACCGCACUCGCUCACUUCCAGGACUCCAUACCCGAGGGCGUACCUAGCUUUGGGGAAGGGGAUAUGAACCCCCUGCUCGUGUACCGCAAGUCGCUGAUGAAGACGGACUACGUGCCCCAGACCGAGGAGGAGGAGGAGCCGGCCGCCAACCCGUUCGAUGCCAUCUGCAAAGAGAGCAAGCGGCCGCAAGAGCUGCCCGCAGCCACCUGUUCCACCUGGACACCAGACACCUUGGCCAGCUCCUCCGCGGGGGACCGAGAGCCGAGGACCGCGUCCAGGGGCCGCAAGUCCAAGCGGGACAUCUUUGACGUGGACUUCCUGUCGUCAGAGGAUUCGGACAACUCUUCCAACGAAGACGUGGACGUGGAGGGCAUCUCCGUGCAGGGAGGAUCCGACUGAAGAGGAAACCCCCCACCCCGUGAGGAGCUCCCCCUCCGUUGCUGUGUUCUGUCCCCUGUGGCCACCCACUCCUGGGGUCAGGGAGCCGGUGGCCUCCGAGUUCGGCCGACCCGGGCCCUCCAGGUCUCUAGGCAAUGACAGAGACCCCUGCCAUCUGCACCUGUGGAUCCGAACCCCUUCUGUGGGGAGAGGGCUGUGUGACCGCUGACCGGGACCUUGGGAUGCCCACCCAGGUGCCUACCGGCUGGCAGCUUUCUCUCCGGGCGACUGCUGUGCUUGGCUGGACGGUUCCAGAAACCAGCUGUGUUCUCCGCCGUGGAGCAUGGUGCUGGGUCCCUCGUCCUCGCGGUCCGACGUGCGGCGGCUCUGGGUGGGCCGCCGGCUGUUCCUGUCACAGCCCAGGGCCUCGCUCUCGGGCAUUUUGUGACGUCCGGCGCUGUGGGCCAGCUGCGGGGCAGGGAGGGCCCCAGGGAGUCUGCAGUCUGGUAAGCACGGGGACGCUCCAGACAGACUGGCUGCGCGGACCUGAGGCAGGGGCCCGGGCUGGAUGCUUUUGGGCCACCCUCCCCCGGACAUGCAGGGUGGGGCCUUCUGCCCUUCAAAUCUCGUGUUGGUGCCAAACCACAGACCCUUCUCGGCCACUGUGUAGAGGGGGACGGCCCCCCGCGCAUCCCGCACGGAGAACCAGCCCCCCCGCCCCCCACCCCCCGCGCGUGUGCGUCGGACCCUGGCCUGGGGGUUGGCUGCCUGGGUGGGACGUCUCGUCCCCCCACCCCUCCGGUCCCGUCCCCUCCCCUCCCCUCCCCUCCAUUCCGUCCCAGUCCUGUCUCCAGGACUUGGGAAGCUGCUGUAGGAAAGUGCUGCCUCCCCCUCGCCCCCCCCCACCCCCGCCCCGGCCGUGGGGUCAGGAGCACGGGCGCCUCGCCUGCAGGCCUUGCGGGGACGGCCAUCUGCUGGACGCUCCAGGCCCAGGGCCUGUGACCCUCGGCCGGACCUCCCAUCCCCAGAGCCGUCCGUGCCAGACGGAGUCUCCCUCGUGACACUGCCCUGUGCCCCCAGUAGCGUCGCUGCCUGGUGUCCGUGUUCUCUGUGACCUUUGUGUGCUGUGUCUGUGUUGUGGGCUGGGCGAGCCGGGCCCGGCACGGAGAGUCUGUAACUUCUUUAUUUGAAAAUACAAACGUGAUCUCGUAAAACGUUUUUAAAUCGCUAUACACACCAAAUAAAAGUUAACUUUA